AUGUCAGUCUCAGAACUCAGAGUUUACUUACUUCCAUUUCCACAACCACAAUCAAAAUGUGAAUGUUCUCCAGGGUCGCAAGGUCUACCAGGAAUCCCUGGACCUGACGGUAAGAUUGGUCCUCGAGGACCCAAAGGAGACAGCGGACUACAAGGCUCUGUAGGUCCCCCUGGUAGACCUGGUCCUCCAGGGAAUGUGAUAGUUAAUACAACACAUACCAUUAGUCAUAAACAAUCCAGUGUGUUUACUGCAUUCUCAGCUGUGAUGACUAUGACACAAUAUGGACCAUUCGGUCAGGAUAGGAUAGUAGUUUUUGAUCAAAUACUGGCAAAUUAUGGUAAAUCUUACCGUCAAAGUGUUGGUGUAUUUGUAACACCUUAUAAUGGACUCUACCAAUUCCAUAUGCAUAUACACACCAGGAAGUCUUUCAUUGCUGAAGUCACCUUACGUGUAAAACGAAAAAUGAAUACCCAGUCGAUGCAGGAUAUUGUCAGAACAUGGGCUGAUGGGAAAACAGGCAACAUAGAAUACGAAAUGGGUUCAUCCAACAGUGCCAUAGUUUAUUUAGAGAAGGGAGACAUGGUAUAUUGUGUGUUACCAAAGAAUCAAGUGUUGUCUGGGUUACAGUUUACAUCAUUUUCUGGAUAUCUGAUGAAAACUGACGAAAAGAACGAUAUGAACUCAAAAGACAGAUUUCAAACAUUUCUUCCAUAACUAUUUAAUGAUUUAAU